CCCAAGAAGGUCACUCGGGUACGGGUCAAUGAUGAUGUAAACCUCCUCUGGAAAAAGGGGAAAUUACCAUCCGUGGCAAUGCCAGUUAUUUUGAUAUAACGUUACACUCAGACUAGAGAAAGCGAUCACAGCGUUGGCAAUGCCAAAGAAAAAGAAGUCCAAACCUGGUGAUCGCGACGAGGCCAGCAGCCGAAAAAGCCAGCAAUCCAACCGAUCUUCAGUGGGGAAAUCGGACCGUCAGCCCGCCGGUAUGAUCGCUCAAGGGAUUGGCGGUGGAGAGGAGGAGGAGUCCGAAGCGGAGACAAGGACCCAGGAGCUUCGAUAUCUGCAGGAUAUGUUUGAAGGGAAGCUGGAUCCUGUUGUGGUUCACAUGAUCAUGAAUGAUUGUGAAUUCAAGGUGGAAGCAGCUUUGGAAACACUCUUCAAACUUGUGGAUCAAACUUCUUCCUUUGAGGCUGGCAUGUACAGACGAUCAGGAUUCCAAGAUGUCUACAUCCCUAAGAUGGAAGCUGAAGGAGACUCUCCAGAAAACUUAGUUGAAGAUGCUUAUGAGGAGGAAUUACAUUUUGCCGCUGGUAAUGACCCUCAACGACAGACACAGAGGACACUGACCUCUGAAAAGUAUGCCGAGGAGGGCAUGUACGGACUGUCACAAUUCGGAGAUGUCUACAUCCCUCCGGAAAAUGCAGGAGAAGAAGCCUAUCAAGAGGAAUUAUUGUUUGCCGCUGGUGGUAAUGACCCUCAGUCACAGACACAGAGGACACUGACCCCACCUCUCAACUUGAACAUCCCUCCUUACACAGGUCCUCUCGGGGCACACACAGUCGAUAGGAGCAGUUUCCAAAUAGCUGCACAGAGUCAUUUAACAGACUUAAGGAUCAAGGACAAUAAACCUGUUUUGGAUGGAGAGGUUUCGGAAGCACUUGAGUAUUCUGAGCCAGAUCUCCAAGGCUCACCUACGGGUUCUGCCUUUGAAGGUCCUGCUGCUUCAGGUCCUGCCACCUUGGGUCCUGCUGCUUCAGGUCCUGCUUCUUCAGAUCAUGCUGCUUCAGGUCCUUCCGCUUCAGGUCCUGCCACUUCAGGUCAUACUGCUUCAGGUCCUGCUACUUCAGGUCCUACCGCUUCAGGUCCUGCUAGUUCAGAUCAUGCUGCUUCAGGUCCUUCCGCUUCAGGUCCUGCUGCUUCAUGUCCUACUGCUUCAGGUCCUGCUACUUCAGGUCCUACCGCUUCAGGUCCUACCGCUUCAGGUCCUACCGCUUCAGGUCCUGCUGCUUCUGGUCCUGCCUACAGUCCGGUGAACACGCCUUCAGAUGAUCCAGAAACUCUUAACGAGAAGAUGUUGAUCAUGUCAGACAAAUCAACUGAGGGAAUUGAGACAAUUGUUACUGAACAUCAACUUGGGCAGGAUGAAAAGUUUAUUGAUCAUUCCUCUACGGCUGCAAGUUCUGCCAUUCCACUUGUGACAACAAUGGAAAGAGAAUCAUCUCCAAGAACAUCGGCACAGAGUCCAAGCUCUGAAUUCAGGGCAGACGAUCAUCAAUCUACACAAUUCAGAAUGGAAGGAUGGCCAGAUAAACAGAAAAUCAACCUUGAUGUAAACACCUCGGCUUUUGUCCUGACAGCCUUUACCGGUGACCACAGGCAGCAGGCACCGCAAAUGAGACCCCAGUUUCCACCGUCUAGCUUCCAACACUCUAGACUUCCACCUCGGCACCAGAACAGGAUGCCCCGGCCAAUGCCCCGGCCAGCAGGCAGGGCCUCCAUGCUGCAGAGACAUCUCAGACCUCAAGAUGGCAAGCCUUUCUUCACGCAGAAAUGGAAUCCUCGAGGGGUUGAACCAUUCCAAGCUAGUGCCUUCCCGAAUUACCCACCACCCUUAACACAGCCAUUCCAGUCUCAUCAGCCCACUGGAAGAGAUCAAAACCAAGCGAACUCUUCUUCAUUAGCACCACCAUGGCUGCAGAAUCAAGGAUUCUCCCAAAAUCCAACUCAAAAAUUCCAAGGUGGAGUACGUCCUCAAUCGUUCCCAACAAAUCCAUCUCACGAGGGCGUGUCCCAACAACCUCCAAAAUGGCCAAUAGGUGACCACCCAAAGUAUGCUCAAGUGGACCAAGGAAACAGCAGAAAGAGAGACUCAGAAGAACAGGUCGAUCCACUACCACGGGGUAAUGUGCUGUGUUUGAUGAGGGGUUGCCCUGGGAGUGGGAAGAGCACACUCGCAAGGAAGUUGGUUGGUGAAGGCAUGAUCUUGAGUACAGAUGACUUCUUUGUGACUGGGGGUAGAUACAAGUUUGAUGUGACCAAGCUGUCUGAUGCACAUGACUGGAGUCAUCAAAAAUGCAAGGAGGCCAUGACUUCAGGGGCUACACCAAUAGUCAUUGAUAACACCAAUAUUGAACGCUGGACGAUGAAGCCCUACGUUGUCAUGGCAAUCAACCACAACUACUCAGUUGUGUUUCGUGAGCCCACAACGCCAUGGAAAUUCAAGAUAGGCAAACUGUUCAAGUACAACACACACAAUGUUCCAAGGGACAGAAUAAGAGUGAUGAUAGAGCGGUUUGAGAAGAACGUCACCGUUGAAAAUAUUCUUGGCUCGUCCAAACCAAAGAAGAGAAAACCUCAACAAGAACAAGAGAAGGACAAACAUCCGUCCACGAACAAGAAAGGGAAGGAUCUUAAGAUAGAAAGAGGCAAUUUAAAAGUCGAGGAUGCUGGAGAAAGCCGGAAGAUGAGGAGAAAUUAUGAGGAUGAUGAAGAGGGUCUUAAAGAUAAACAGGAAGACGUACAUGAGGGAUCCAGACAGACACUUGGAGACUCUGUUGCAGUUUCCAAAGACUCCAAGGAGCAAGAGGAAAGCCUGAGUGAAGACGAGAUGUUUGUAUCUGACGAGGAGAAUAAUCUUGAUACGUUCAUGGAGUCGAUAACCUGUGAUUCAUCACAGGGGGCUGAGAUGGAGUCGGGAGUGGCGGGCUCGACGAUAGCCCCACAAACAGAGGACAAAACGGAAGAUGCCAAAAUGACAAAAGAGGAGCAACUUGGUGAGGUCGCAGGAGGAGAAGAUCCUGAAGCCACCAGUUCGCCAAGCGAAGUGAAUAUUCAAACUAAAAUAAGCAAUAAUCUUGAAGAAGAUGAUGACAUUAUUGCCAUGGUGAAGUACAUUUCUGAGACGACUUAUACGACUCCUGAUAAGAAUACUCAAGAGGGUGCCGACAAAGGAGAAGAAAGACUAGAGAGCGUCGGGGAUGAUGAUUUGGAGGCAGUGAUCAGUUCAAUCACACAAGGGUCUUAUGUGCCAGAAGCAAAACAUUCCUCAUCGAGCCCGUUUUCACAUCAAGCUUUGCAUGAGGAGGCAACUGGAGUUGAAACAGUGGUCACCAGUUAUGGUUCGGACAAUUUUGUAAUACAUCUACCAGAACCUUCAGCACAAGGUUCGUACGUGCCACCAAUCAACCAGUCUUCAUCGAGCCCGAUUUUACAUCAAGGAGCUUUGCAUGAGGAGGCAACUGGAGUGGAAACAGGGGUGAGCAGUUAUGGUUCUGAAAAUUUUGUUAUUCAUUUGCCAGAACCUUCAGCUCAAUUUGCGGAUGGAGAUGUGAAUGAGCAGAAUCAAGAGUUUCGAAGAGGAAGAAACAUUGAAGAUUUCACAACAGAAACAACUGACAGUGGUGUUUCAUGUGAGACAUUCGGCUCACAGCAGAACCCCGGUGAGGCUCCUGCUGACAUCAGACAAGAUCGUCAGGUAGGUGAUGAGGGAGCAAGGAUGGCCUUUUCUCAAGGAGGGUUGCCUGAUCCCUGCAAUUCACAAACUCAGCUGCAGGAUGGCUCGAGUGCCAUAUCAGAAACGACUGAAGACCAAGAUGAUUUCUCAGCUGUUAUGACGGAAGUUGCAGAUGCAGCUUCUGUCCUGUCUCACGAACUAACAGAAAUUGAGCAUCAAGAAAAUAUUGACAAGUCAAAGGUGUCCCCUGGAAACUUUCUUGGAGCUAGUGAAGAGCUUACUCAGCCUCACGAUGGCCUAAAUGAGCAAGAUGAUAAAACCGAAGAGGAGGACUUUUCGUUGAUGAAGAAUGAAAUAAAGGAUGCAGCUUCAAUACUGUCCCAUGAACUAACAAAUAUUGAAAAACAGGAAACUUGUAAAAUGGAUGACAUCAAAGAUGAAAUUUCUGCUCGUGAAACUGACAUUCUUACUGGUCAUUCAAACUUAAAACAAACGGACAAAAUAUCUCCACAUACCCAAGAAGGCAUCGCAACUUUGAGUCAAGAGAUUCAAAUUAAUUCCUCCAACGAGACGACAAAAAUGAGCCAAGGGUCUGUGGAAGAUAACAAAAUCACAGCAACUCUUUCCAGUAGCAAUGCUGUUCCAUCAAUCAAUGACAUAAACAGUAGUAAUGUAAAAGUUUCUAAUAAAGAAGGCAAAGUAAGCAGUAGUCCGCAUGCUCUUACAACAACCAGCCCAUCAUUCCUCCAUCACCCCAACAGUGAAAAACACCCAGUUUUAACUCCACUAACCCCCUCACCGUGCUCGACCCCAAGAAGCCAAAGCCCUAGCCCUUUAAUAUCGCCUUCAAGUCAAGACAAGACCGCAGUUUUGAAUUUUCUAGAGAAAAAGAAACUGCGUCGCUCAAAGUCAACAAAAGGAACAAAAAUGGCAGCAGUGUUUCCUAAUCUCUCCCCUGGAAAAGUGGACUGGUCAGAACUAGCUGAUGCAAGUGGAAGUGAUGCAGGGAGACUAACUCCAGAGAAACUAAGAAGCUCUUCGGCCGAGGGAAUCUCUUUUACUGAGGCAGGAACAAACACCCUUCCUGCUGACUUCUCAUGCUUACAAAGGUUAUUAUCGGGGGAAAUAUCUGAAGAUGAUGUGGAAAAGAAGGGGUUAAGAGUGGUUUCCGGACAGGCAAGGCAACUUACCAAGAAGAGAGAUAUUACAACAUCAGAGGAAAGCACUCUUGAUUUGUCCUCAUCAAGUUCACCUCAAAAUAAAUCUCCAAUUCCAUCGUCGUUUAAACUCCAUAAGAGUACAAUGACUGACCAGGAAAAUAACACCAGUGACAACUUAGAGAAACUCAGUGCCCUCUUCCCGACCGUUCCACAAGUUGAUCUUGAAGACAUCUUGUCGAGAUGUGAAGGAGAUCUUGAAUGGGUCACAAAUAUACUUCUUGAUGACUUUAGCAACAGUGAGAGGAGCCCGCUAGCAAAGCAACAUUCAAAUAAAACUUGUGCUUCUCAAAAUUCUCCACAAGAUGACUCAACACAAUCUAAGAUGGCAAGAAAUCAACACAAAGAUGCCAAGCUUGUCGAAAAGCAAUCUAGAGAUCAGUUCAGUCCCAAUCGACUCACUCAAAACCUGGCCUCUAGUAUGAUCUCAGUUGUUGAUGACAUUCUAAAAAGCAUAAGCACCGGAGAUGUACGGUCUGCUACUAGUUCCCCAUGCAAACAAGAAACUUCUACCAGUGUCAACAAAUCACAUAAUGCUACAUUAGAUUCACCACAGCAUUCCAGUCGAAUCAACAAUUUGUUGCGAGAGUUGGACCCAAGAAACUUAGCUGUUGAAUUUGCUGAAGUGAAGCAAGAUUCUUUUAGUGAAGUGGAAGGGCCUCCAAAAGUGGCCCAGCAAGAAGAUACAAAUGGCUCACAGAAGUCAGAUAUUCCUCAAGAAGAAAAGCAGACUCCAAAGGACUCCUCUCCUACAGAUGAGAGGCUCGAAGAUAAACAAAAGAUUACUGCAAAUAGAGAUCCACACUCUGAAACCCUUCUCAAUGAAAACAAGGAUAACGUUGAGGAUGGAAAACUUCUUGAGGGCUGUACUCAAGAAGAACCUAACCCAAUAACUGCAUCUCCUCCCGUUGAAAAUCAACGUCCAAACACACAUUCAGAUGAUACAAGUUCAACCUUAGCAGUUGCAGAAAUCAAGCUUGAGGAGGCAAACAAAGGAGGAUCUCAAAGGGUUGCUGAAUCUAAAGGAGCCACCCCGGAACCGAGGAGAGAGCAAGUUGUCAGGCCAAAAACACCCUCUCGCAGUGCAUCAAUGAAAUCCCACAGUAAACCUAAGAGAGACAAGACGGAUGAAGUUGACGAUCUGCGGGCAAGGAUGAAACAAGACUCCACUUCUCUGAGGCGAAACAUGCUUGAGGCAGCAGGUGGGGUCCAGUUGUCUUGGAAGCAGCAAGGAGAGGAGGAGUUUCGCGUACCACGCCCAGAGCAGACGAUGACGAGACAAGGGGAAAGUGGAGAGAUGGGAGAUGGAGAAGUGAUGACUGAAGAGAAAGCAGACAUCACCAUGCAAGCACGAACGAGACCAAAAGAGUUGUCUAAUUUGAAGGAGGGGCUGAUGCUACAACUGGACCCAGCCUUUGCCCUUCAACUUCAGGAGAUGUUUGGCUCUGCUGGCUUCUGUCUCCUCCCAGAUGGUCUUCCAGCAGAAGACUUACAGGUUCAUGUGGACUAUGACCUCGCCAAGCAGCUACAUGGUUUGUGGGCUCGGACUUUGACGACGAGAUUUGAGCAAGAAGAAGAGGAAGUGGAUUCCAUGAUCAAAGCAGAUGAAGAACUCGCUCGCAGACUGCAGCAGCAGGAAGAUAUCAAUCACAUGGCUGAAGUUCAGACGGCUCGAUCAGCAAGGUACCAAGAGUCUAAGGCUUCCCCAACGAGAGCCAUGAAACUAAACAGCUCCCUCGUUGGGUACGGAGACAACAAGGGCAUGAUUGAUCCGCUGACAUUGCCGAGGCAACCGGUGCAAGAAAGGACGAGUCUGAAAGAGAUCAUGGACGAACAACUGGCUGCACAACUCAGCAAAGAUGUGGAGACUGAAGAGAAGCUGGAGUGUGACGGUUCUGUUUCCAUAGCAACUAAGCUGAAGAAGGACAAACUGUUCGAGGAAUUCCCGAGUAUAGACAGAGACACUCUGGAGGAAAUCUUCAGGGCCAAUAAUUUUCAGUUGGAGCCAACCAUUGGGCAGGUUAAAUCGUUCUUCAUGUCGGCAUCUGACCGACCCAAGGAUGUCUACACAGAUGAAGCACUGGAGCUGAUGGAGAGACGACAGAUUGAACAAGCUGAGAGGGAGAGUCUUGCAUCGUCAAGCGAGGGGACCGAUGAUUCCGCUUCCCAGGAGGGAAGUUACUUCCAAUCUGUCCGCAAUCCGGACUACGUAGAUUACCGGGCCGAGGCCACACAGCAUUAUCGACAACGCCAUGAAGCGUUCCAGAAAGCAGCGGCUGCUUAUAAACAAGGCCUUAAAGACUUGGCUUCCUUCUACUCACAGCAGGGUCAUCUCCAUACAGAGAAAAUGAAGGAGGCAAAUCAAAGAGCUUCUGAGGUCAUUUUGACUUCAAGGAAUUCCCUCUUCAGUGACAACACCUUGGACCUACACGGCUUACACGUUGACGAAGCCCUACUCAUGCUAAACAAGGUCCUGGAGGAGAAAAAGGCCGAGUUAGAAGCCUUCAGUCACCAGCCCCAUCCCCCGGUAACCAAGCCCCCUACUAGGCAUAUGUUCAUCAUCACUGGGAAGGGUAACCAUAGUAGGGGAGGUGUUCCUCGCAUCAGACCGGCCGUUACAGAUCUCUUAAAGAGGGCAGGCUUCAGAUAUACUUUGGCAAAUGCUGGGCUAAUUAAGGUCAACCUGUGACCAGUUGCAGCUUGGAGGACAUUGUAACAUCUCAAGAAAGAUUAAUGUUCACAGUUCACAGAUGUAAUAGAUUUGCCUGAUCAAAUUGGGGUAAAAAAGAAGCAACCUCGUCGACUUUCAUUAUUUCUUAUUCUAGUAAUUUUGCCUCUUCAUUUGGAACUGCCAUGUAAUUUCACUACGAAGCAUGCAUAUUUAUACAGCUUCUAAU